AUGUCCACAUUCGACUUCAUCGUUGUCGGAAGUGGCCCCUCCGGCAGUGCGAUCGCCGCCGGUCUCGCCAACUCAACCGCCAAGCCCCGCGUUCUCCUCUUGGAGGCCGGUGAUGCCAAAGAAGACCGUAAUUUGCGCGUCGAUGGUCAGCGAUGGACCACCUUUACUGAUCAGUCUAUGAACUGGGGCUUCAAGACCACCCCACAACCAGACUGUGCCAACCGUGAGAUCGACUACAGCCGUGGUCGCUGCAUGGGUGGGUCCAGCGCUAUUAACUUCGGCGUGUACAGCGUCGGAGCUCGUGACGACUACCAGGAAUGGGCUCGCAUCGCUGGCGAUGACAAAUUCAGCUGGCCCAAGAUUCAGCGCAGAUUCAAAGCCCUGGAAACCUUCCAUGGUCAGAUCCCCGACGGUAUCGAUAGCAAGUAUGCCGACCCCAAGACCAGAAACCACGGCAGUGAGGGUCCUCUGCAUGUUGGCUUUGCCCGUGAGUGGGAGCGGGAUCUUACCGAUGUCCUGGAUGUCUUUGAGGAAGCUGGCUUCCCAUUGAACCCCGACCACAACUCUGGUAACCCAAUCGGCAUGUCGGUGAUGAUCAACUCGGCCCACCGUGGUCUGCGCUCCAUGGCCAGUGACUUGGUCAAGGGCAGCCAGGAUAACUUGACUGUUGUCACCGGUGCCCCGGUCCAGCGUAUUCUCCUUGAAGGCAAGAAGGCCGUCGGUGUCGAAUCCAACGGAAAGAAGUACUACAGCUCAGUGGAAGUCAUCCUCUCUGCCGGCUCACUGAAUGAUCCCCGCAUCCUGAUGCACUCGGGUAUCGGUCCCGCCGCCCAACUCGAGCAAUACCAGAUUCCCGUCGUGCACGACGUCCCAGCCGUCGGCCAAGGCCUCCGCGACCACUGCUUCGUGCCAAUGGUCAACACCCGCACUGAAACCAGCACAGACCGCAAAGCCUUCUACGGCGACAAAGCCGCCAUGGACGCCGCGCAGAAGCAAUGGCAAGAAGACGGGACAGGACCAUGGGCCAAAUUCGCCUGCGAACUAGGCAUCGGCUGGUUCAAGCUCGCCGAGCAAUUGACCUCCUCCCCCGAAUUCAAGGCCCUCCCUGCAGAUGAGCAGAAGUACCUCCUCGCAGAGACCGUCCCUCACUACGAGGUUAUCACCCACUUCCCCAUCCACUGGUUCAUUCCCGAUUUCCCCGCCGAGGCCCUCAGCUACUCCUGCCUGCUGGUCUUCCUUUUCAACGCCCAGACCCGUGGCGAGGUCACUCUCCAGUCCUCAGACCCCGACGCACCCCUUUCCUUCAACCCUAAGUUCCUAGCUCAUCCAUUCGACCGCAAGCUGGCCAUCGAGGCACUGCGUGACUCGUUCCGCGUCGCGAAGCACGACUCCUACAAGAAAGAUAACAUCGCCGAGCUGGCUAUGCCGAAGAGCGAGUCCGACGAAGACCUGCUCGAAUACUGGCAGCAGAACAUCUCUUCCAGCUGGCACAUGACCGGUACUGUGAAGAUGGGCAAGAGUGGUGACGCAGAUGCAGUUGUGGAUCCUGAUUUCAAGGUCUUCGGCAUUGAGAACUUGCGUAUCGCUGAUAUGGGUGUUGUGCCCGUCUUGGUCAACGCCCAUGUUCAGACUGUCGCCUAUGUCACUGGUGUUACUUGUGCGGAGAAGUUGAUCAAGGAGUAUCAGCUUAACGGACCUGUCAGAGCGGCUAAGCUUGCUUAG